AUGGAAUCUACUUUCUAUUUUAACUUUGUGAAAUACCUAACAACUUUGGAAUUACCCCCAAAUUUGACUUUAAAGAAGCAACAACAAUUUAAAAAACAAGCAACACAUUAUAUUGUUAAAAACAACCAACUAUACAGGAAACUAAAAGGAUCUUUACAAAAAUUACUAUAUGUCAUUCAGGAAUCUGAACUGCUUACUCAACUUCAAGUUCAUAUUGAUCUUAUAAUGAAUAAAUUACAGCAAGUUCAGUUAAAAGCUCAACAAAAUAUUGAAAUAGCUCAACAAAAACAAAAGGAAAAACAUGAUAAAUGUGUUAAGGAAAUUUUAUUUCAUAUUGGAGAUAAAGUAUUAUUAUAUCGAUCUGCUCAAGCUAAAAUUCAUGGUGAUAAAUUUCAAUAA